AUGGGAACGUUGAUCGACCGAUUCGAAGAGCAUGAUGGUCCGGUCCGUGGCAUCGACUUCCACAAGACCCAACCACUGUUUGUCUCUGGUGGAGACGACUAUAAAAUCAAAGUCUGGUCGUAUCAAACAAGGAGAUGUCUUUUCACGCUCAAUGGCCACCUUGACUACGUGCGAACAGUCUUCUUCCACCACGAAUUGCCUUGGAUCUUGUCUGCCUCAGAUGAUCAGACAAUCCGCAUCUGGAACUGGCAGAACCGUUCAUUAAUAUGUACCAUGACCGGACACAACCACUACGCAAUGUGCGCACAAUUCCAUCCCAAAGAAGACCUUGUCGUUUCCGCAUCGCUUGACCAGUCUGUCCGAGUGUGGGAUAUCUCGGGUUUACGGAAGAAGCAAUCUGCGCCCACCUCAAUGUCCUUUGAGGAUCAGAUGGCACGCGCCAAUCAGCAGCAGGCUGACAUGUUUGGCAAUACCGAUGCAGUCGUCAAGUUCGUACUGGAAGGCCAUGAUCGUGGUGUCAACUGGGUGGCUUUCCAUCCAACACUACCCCUGAUUGUGUCUGCUGGUGACGAUCGGCUUGUCAAGUUGUGGAGAAUGAGUGAGACCAAGGCCUGGGAGGUCGACACAUGCCGUGGGCAUUUCCAAAACGCGUCUGCAUGUCUCUUCCAUCCCCAUCAAGAUCUCAUUUUGUCUGUCGGUGAGGACAAGACGGUCAGGGUCUGGGACCUCAACAAGAGAACAUCUAUCCAGUCCUUUAAGAGAGAAAACGAUCGCUUCUGGGUAAUUGCUGCCCACCCCGAAAUCAAUCUCUUCGCUGCAGGCCAUGACAAUGGAGUGAUGGUAUUCAAACUUGAACGAGAAAGACCUGCUUCCUCGGUCUAUCAGAGCCAACUAUUCUACAUCACAAAAGAUAAACACGUACGGUCAUAUGACUUCAGCAAGAGUAUCGAGUCCCCAUCUCUACUGUCACUUAGGAAGUUUGGCAGUCUGUGGGUCCCACCGCGAACCCUGUCAUACAACCCCGCUGAACGAUCCAUCUUGGUCACGUCGCCAACCGACAGUGGUACCUACGAGUUGAUCGGACUCCCGCGUGAGGCAACUGGCGCUUCCGAUCCUACUGAUCUCAAACGUGGAGCUGGAAAUGCUGCCGUUUUUGUGGCUAGAAAUCGAUUCGCGGUCUUCUCCACUUCAACACAACUAGUCGAGAUUAAAGACUUAAGCAAUUCCACUACAAAGUCUUUCAAAGCACCAUCUGGUACAACAGAUAUCACGUAUGGUGGCACUGGCGCUCUCCUUCUCAUAACUCCUACCUCUGUUGUUCUCUACGACAUUCAGCAAAAGAAGCAGCUGGCUGAGUUGAGCGUUACUGGAGUCAAAUAUGUGACUUGGUCGAAUGACGGUCUUUAUGCUGCUCUACUCAGCAAACAUAAUGUUACCAUUGUCAACAAAUCCCUUGAACAAGUCAGUACUCUCCACGAGACGAUAAGAAUCAAGAGUGCCACUUGGGAUGACUCGGGCGUCCUACUAUAUUCAACGCUCAAUCACAUCAAGUACACCCUGCUCAAUGGAGACAAUGGUAUUGUGAGAACAUUGGACCAAACGGUCUACCUCGUCAAAGUCAAGGGCCGCAAUGUCUAUUGUCUAGACCGAGCUGCAAAGCCGAAGGUGCUGAGCAUCGAUCCUACAGAAUACCGCUUCAAACUGGCUCUCGUCAAGCGCAACUACGACGAAAUGCUUCAAAUCAUAAAGACCUCGAGUCUUGUCGGUCAAAGCAUUAUCUCAUAUUUGCAGAAAAAGGGCUAUCCUGAAAUCGCCCUCCAAUUCGUUCAAGACCCACAAACUCGUUUUGAACUGGCAAUUGAAUGUGGUAACCUUGAGGUCGCCAGUGACAUGGCUAAGGAGCUUGACCGACCAAAGAUCUGGACUCGUCUCGGUGCCGAGGCUUUGCUUCACGGCAACCAUCAAACGGUUGAGAUGACCUAUCAAAAACUGCGACAUUUCGAUAAGCUUUCGUUCUUGUACCUUUGCACAGGCGACCAGGAGAAGCUGACCAGAAUGUCUAAGAUUGCAGAGCAUCGAGGGGAUUUUACUUCUCGAUUCCAGAAUGCCCUCUAUCUUGGAGAUGUGGAGAGCCGGAUUCAAAUGUUCAAAGAAAUUGACCUCUAUCCACUGGCUUACCUGGCGGCAAAAUCCAAUGGCUUAACAGAGGAGUGCGAGUCGAUCCUCGAACUUAGUGGCCUAACAGAAGAUCAAAUAUCUCUACCAACACUCGGUCAGAGCCUCAACACUCCCAAAGCUAUUGUCCCUACCUUUAAGUCCAACUGGCCUGUCAAGGAAGCUUCACACUCUUCGUUCGAGAAGGCACUUCUUGGUGAAGUCGGGACAGCCACGGACGAGGAAGCAAGCCCAGAUCUCCUUACCGACGACCUUCCUGCGACAGCGGAUAAUACCGGACUGGCGGCCGAAGACGAAGCCGAUGCUGGUGAAGGCUGGGACAUGGGCGAUGACAUUGGACUGGAUACAGCCGGGAAUGACUCUGACUUCGUCAACGUCGAUAACCCUGACGCAGCUGUCGACGCAGCUGGACCAGGCAGCUCAGAAGCAGAUCUCUGGUCACGCAAUUCUCCACUCGCUGCCGACCACGUUGCUGCGGGCUCCUUCGACAGCGCCAUGCAAUUACUGAAUCGCCAGAUUGGUGCUGUCAACUUUUCACCACUAAAACCCCGUUUCUUGGAGAUUUACCAAGCAUCCAAGACAUAUCUCCCUGCCAAUACUGGACUCUCCCCAAUUUUAAAUUACGUGCGACGAACACCAGAUGAGACAGACAGUCGAAAACUUCUGCCCUUUAUUCCUCAGAGUCUCGACACACUUUCCAGCACCAAUCUUCAGGACGGAUACACUGCCAUGAGGACCAAUAAACUCGAAAACGGUGUUGCAGUCUUCCGCAACAUCCUUCAGUCACUCUUGGUAAACGUGGUCAGCUCACAGGCCCAGGUCGACGAAGCCAAAGCUUUGAUCACGAAAUCUGCAGAAUACGCCCUUGCCAUGAGAAUUGAGCUUGAACGACGUAGUCUAGCGACAGAAGGUAGCGAAUCGGAGGAGCAAUUGAAGAGACAGUUGGAGUUGUCUGCAUAUUUCACAGUGCCAAAAUUGGAUGUUGCGCACCGACAAUUGGCGCUCAUGGCUGCUAUGAAGCUUGCCUUCUCAAGCAAGCAAUUUUCCAGUGCUUUGUCAUUUGCUAACCGCGUGCUGGCGAACGGAGGAGCUGCUAAGUUGGUCGAACAGGCAAAGAAAGUCAAGCAACAGGCUGAACGCUCCGGAUCCAGCGACAAACUCGACAUCGAAUAUGACCAAUUUGCUGAUUUCGAUGUCUGCGCUGCGUCAUAUACGCCUAUCUACAGUGGAGUCCAAAGUGUCUCUUGCCCGUUUGAUGGCUCAAAAUAUCAUAGCCAGUACAAAGGUCAAGUGUGCAGCAUUUGCGAGGUCUGUGAAGUAGGUGCAGCUGCUAGUGGAUUGAGGCUAUGGGUGAAAGGAUUGUAA